UUUUUGUUUAUAACCGAAAUGUUUAGAUGGUUGAAAGUAUCAGUUCGAGUUAACAGUCAACCAACAAACAACAAUAAAAUCAAAUUCUUUAUUUGUGAAUCAACAAACAAUCAACAACUAAUAAUCAAAAUGAAAGUUUUCGCUAUUGUCGCUCUUUUCGUUAUCCUCGCUGUUUCCACCGUCAUGGCUUACGAGAAGGACAAUCACUGGGGUGGUCAUCACCAACACGGAAAAGUUGGAUACAAAGUUGAUGUCCACCAUGGUGGUUGGGGAAAACACGACAAGGGGUGGACUGAACUUUACGAUUCACGAGACAAAAGCACUGGAUGGAAAUCACAUGGUCAUGAUAACGGUUACGGUAACGGUUAUGGUCAUGGUCAUGGUCACAAUAACGGAUGGAAAAACUAAGAACUUUCAACUCAAUCGGAUUAACUUAUUAUGUAGAUUUACUUAAUUUAUACUCCCUCAUAAAGUCGACUUGUAAUUUAAACAAAUAUCGAGUUUUGCAACUUGAUUUGUGUGAUUAAAUGAUUAUCAUAAGCACGAAAAA